CGUUUGUGUGUCUGCGUUUGUACGUGUGUGUAACUUGAUUUCCGUGUUCUUCCUCUAUUGUCGAGCUGAUGUUGCUCACCCAUUCUGCUGAGAUCAGAGAUAGCAGAGAAUAUAUAAAACCAUGUAGGGCAUGUAGAAGAGAAGAACAACACAGACUGAGUAUUUGACUGAAUCCACUCCAGCUCUCUACACAGACCUUUAUGAGCUAAUGGAUGCUUCCCCACUUCUCCUCAUCAUCUUUGUGGUGAUGUCUACGUCUGAAUUGUCAGAGACAGCUGAGUUGGCAUGUGAGCAGAGUGGAAUGUAUUCAUUUUCCAUUCUUGAAGGCGAAGCGUUUUAUUAUAUGCAUUACGCUUUGACCAAGCGCAACCUCUCAGAUGAAAAGUUCACAUGGUACAACUCCAAGAACGAAAGUCUCUCAUCUGAUGAAGAAGAGAGGAUACAUUACCACGGUGGACAGAUCUUUUUCUUCAACCUCGUCCCCGAGGACUCUGGCGUUUACACUGCCCGGCAUACAAACCCAUCAGGAAAGUGCAGCGAAUAUCCUUUAGAAGUUUCUGUCUUCAAUGCAAGCAGUCGAGCACGCUUCCUUUACGGAGGAAUCAAAAACUCUGACGUGAACAAAAAGGUCCCAUGUCCAGAUAAUGUCAAGAAGACAUGUAAUAUGUUUGCAGGAAAUUUCACCUGGUACAAGGACUUCAAUCUUCUUCAAGGCAACCAUGGAGCUGACCUGUGGGUUAAAAAUACAAGCAAAGAACACGAGGGUAUCUACACUUGCAUUUGUACCUGGAAACACAGUCACAAGGUUUACAACUCGUCAGGCUCCAGGAUGCUAGAAGUUGAAGCGCCGGCUGUCUUCCGGAACACAGAAAUACUCACUCCGGCCAGCAAGGAGCAGUUUGCUGUUGAAGGCUCUGGGAUCAAGCUGAACUGCACAGUUUUCUGUGGGACUCAAGUGUAUCGUGACUGUCAUGCUAGCUGGCAUGUUAAUGGAGCUGCUCCCAAUCAGGUGGAUGGGUACAAUCUGACUACCGAAACAAAGACUAUGGGACCUUCACAGAACACAUUCUCCACUGCGAUCCUGACCAUUGAAAAGGUGUCAGCUGAGGAUUUUCACAAAAAAUUUAAAUGCAUCGGCCGAGGUUUAUUCACAACAAAUGAUGUCACCCUAACUCUUAAGCGGAGAGAGUCAAUCAUUCCACUGGUCAUUAGAUGUCUGUCUGUGUUGUUCUGCUUUGUGUUUGCUGCUGUGCUGGUAAAGUGCUUUGCUAUCGACCUGGCUCUGUUCUUCAGACCCUAUUUGCCUCUAGGCAGUCACAAUAAAGAUGCGAAGUUGUACGAUGCCUUCGUGGUCUACCAGAUGCAGAGCAUGGAUAAGGUCACUGAGGAAGCACUCUGUCGGUUUGUCACACAGAUUUUGCCCCCCAUCCUUGAAGAAAAGUGUGGAUAUCGACUCUUCAUCCAGGGGAGGGAUGACAUACCUGGGGAAGACCGACUGCAGCUGGUGGAGGACAGCAUAAACCAGAGCAGGAGACUGAUGGUCAUCCUCACCCCGGGUUCAGGAUCAGGGUCUGAGUUCACGGACCAAUGUCCUGCCUCAGCCGAAAACUCAGUAAUAGGAGGGUUUGACUGGCAGGUGGGGCUCCACCAUGCGCUGGUCCAGAGGGAGAUGAGUGUGAUUCUGAUCCAGCUGGGGGACACCGGGCCCCAAGGGUACACAAACCUUCCCGUCGGCUUGCAGCACCUGAUCCGCAAGAGCGCCCCCCUGAAGUGGCCCGAGGGUUCUCGGGGGGCUCGCGCGUGGAACUCGCGCUUCUGGAAGCGAGUGCGAUACCUGAUGCCCGCCAGACCAGCCGAAAAAUGUCGAUGGUCUGCUGUUGUUUGAAAUCCCGUAUGCAGUGUCGCUCCGCCCUGAUCUGUAGGCCGUGCUGGAAAAAAAAAAAAAAAAAAAAAAUUGACAUCCAUAUGCAUGUAAAUGUGUGUGUGUGUGUGUGUGUCAGAAUGAUGCCAAUCUGUCAAGAAGCAGUGUGUUUAUUACUCCAUGAAAGUAUUUUUUAUUGUUAAUAACACUAUACUGUUAAUUAGUCGACGACAAGCACAACAAUAGCUCAAUAUAGAAUAAACCAAUGUAACUAUUUUUAAGAAAAUGGAUGUCAAAAAA